GUCCAGCGACCCGGCGAGCGGCCGAGGCUCGGAACCGUCCAGCGACCCGGCGAGAGGCCUCAGGCCCCGCCAUGGGGAAGACCAACAGCAAGCUGGCCCCAGAGGUGCUCGAGGACCUGGUUCAGAACACGGAGUUCAGCGAGCAGGAGCUGAAGCAGUGGUACAAGGGCUUCCUGAAGGACUGCCCCAGCGGCAUCCUCAACCUGGAGGAGUUCCAGCAGCUCUACAUCAAGUUCUUCCCCUAUGGCGACGCCUCCAAGUUCGCACAACACGCUUUCCGCACCUUCGACAAGAACGGAGAUGGCACCAUCGACUUCCGGGAGUUCAUCUGUGCCCUGUCGGUCACCUCCCGCGGCAGCUUCGAGCAGAAACUCAACUGGGCCUUUGAGAUGUACGACCUGGACGGCGACGGGCGCAUCACGCGCCUGGAGAUGCUGGAGAUCAUCGAGGCCAUCUACAAGAUGGUGGGCACGGUGAUCAUGAUGCGCAUGAACCAGGAUGGGCUCACACCCCAGCAGCGUGUGGACAAGAUCUUCAAGAAGAUGGACCAGGAUAAGGACGACCAGAUUACGCUGGAGGAGUUCAAGGAGGCGGCCAAGAGCGACCCGUCCAUUGUGCUGCUGCUGCAGUGUGACAUGCAGAAGUAGAGGCUGGUGAGGGGCAGGGCCCCUGGCCAGGAGGGGCAUGGUCUCCUCCCCAAGCAAUGACCUCUCUGGCUGGCCCUUUCCCAGAGAGAGGGGAUCUCCAGCCUUAUUCUUUGGCUUACCCACCCCUCUGCCCAAGUUCUUACUCCCCUCAAUCAAGAUCCUUGAGGGACCACCUCACCCUGGAAAAGAGACAGAGCCUCAGGUAUCCUGUCAUCUAGCCCCACCCCCAGUCUUGGCCCAGAACCCAACAUCUACUGGGCAUGGGAGAGUUGGCUUUUGUCCCCAGAGGCAGGGUUAAGGGAGGAAGGGCACUGGGGUUCUGCUUUGAAAUUCUGUUGUUCUUGGGAUUCUGCUUUAUAGGAUGGGGUGCCACAGACCCUAGCUAAAGGGCCAGAUUGGGUCUGUCCUUUGCUGAGGACCCAGAUCCCUGAAUGCCCCCUUGACUCUACCUGGUCCCUCUGGCCCCAGUCUUUGGAGUGUUCAUUCAGUCCUGUCUUCAGCUAAUGUUUAUUGAGCACCUGUUCAAUGCCUAGCACCUCGAGGCGCUGAGGAUAUGGUUGUUUACAAGAUACAUUCUGUGCCCUCUGGAAGCUUCUAGGGCAGUGAGGCAAACUUCCAGUGGUCAGGGUCUCAGAUGAGGCCAUAGAGCACUGCUGAGCAGAGGAUAUGGCAAGACAGGUUAAGUUGAGGCACUAUUAAAUCUUUCUACUCAGCUCCACGAGGAGCUGCAGAAGGAUGGAUGAGGAUGUCUGGAAGUCUAGGAGCUAUGUGAGUGGGACUUUUAAGAAAAAUUGAAAUUAUGUAAUAGUUAUAUUUUUUGGUACCCUUUGAAAGAGCUAAAGUCAUUUUAUUAGUUUAGGAUAUUAAAACAUACUUUAUAUUUCUUGGUUUCUUAUAAAAUGGUUACAUGAAUAUAGGAAAUGCUAAUUUUCGGAGGGGGAAAGAGCUGAGAAUAAAGAGGGCGAAUACCACCAAGUUUGCCAGAUAAUCCUUUUCCUUAUCAGGCCAGGUCCUGAGCUGUCACCAUCAGCAGUUUCUGCUGUUUUUGCUGCUUCCUUUUUAAUGAUCUUUUUCGAUUCAGUAAGCAGCUCUCUAUUGCGCACUUACUCUGGUCGGGCACUGAUAUCGGAGACAGAAAAAACAAGGUUUGCUGAGAGUGAGACAAGUGUAUUUCCCAUAUCUUGAUAGUUCAGACCUGGAUUUGGUCUAGUUUCAAGGAGGAGCUUCCUCUUUCAUUGCUGCUGGCCACGGUCUAGGCUGCCAGGCUGCAUCUAUGGGCCAAAUGCCUAAAAAUGUGCUGAGCGUGCUCCAUUGGAAACGCUUUUUUCUAAUCCCGUGUCCUAAAUUUGCCAGGUAAUUCAUCAUCUCCCAAGUGUACUGACUUUGCUUUCCAAUGUCUGCUUUCCAAUUUUGGAUUCACGAGCUCUACAGUUGCAUGCUUUGAUUAUCAGAAAAAGUAAUUUGCUUCUUCAUUGGGUUUUCACUCUGCUUUCUCUAUCCUUGUGAUCAGAAGUUAGCUCUGCUGUGCAGUGGCAGUUGAUUUCCUCUUGAACUGCUGUUCACAACAAUCUAGUAGAGAGGUGCUGUCCUCCCAGGGUGGGAGUGGAAAUGGCUGCUGAGUCCUUGUCGGUUCUAUCUGCAGAAAAAAGAUACAGUUGCCUCUUGAUUCUGAGUGCUCACCCUGUCCACCCUCUCUGUGGGUGGAGACUCUUGGGGAUGACCUUUGGUCCCAAGCUCUGUUGGAUCUUUCCUCUUGCUGCCCUUGGAGGUAGCAAGGCGAUAGGGUUGCUACCCUCUUUCUAUCUCUCUGCCUAUGACCAGCCACAUGGUAAGCCUGGGGGAGUCACAUCAUCAGGCAGCAACCAGCAGAUUUUUAAUCCAGGAACACCUCAAGUGACGUUCCAUUGCUCUCAGGAGAUGGCUGUUAGGCGUGUCUUUUACAGUCAUUUGCACUCCAGACAUAGACACUCAACAGCCUGGCUCUGCUGAGAUCUGAUAGAUAGAAGACUUUUUUACAAAGUGGGGUUCCUUCCCCCCAAAUGUUGAAUCUAACUUACUUCACAAUCACACAGAACUUCAUGGCUUUCAAAGGCUUGCCAUUUACCCAUCUCAUCCUGUCCUCACAGCUUAGGAAAGCAGGGAUUUUCAUUCUCUUUCUCCAGUCUUGGAAACUGAAACAGAGAGAGGGCGUCCUUGUGCAGAGCACACAGUCAGAGGUAGAGGUGGCACAGGGCCAAGACUUGAACCUCAGGCUCUAAGAGGAUUUCUUCCCUUCAAAGCCUUUUCUCUGCUCGUUUCUCUUUUGCAGAGUAGUGCAGAGGUCAACUGGGGGGCAGACCAGGUUGGUUUGGGUCUUUCAUAAGCUUGCUGCUGAGAAGUUUCUGAGGCUGCGGUCUUACAAAAAAGAAACAGGAACUUGGUAUAAAGGCCCCACAUUUUUUGAGGAUCCUGUGUUCUGCUUCUGGACGGCUCUGCCUCUGACUCCGAGCCCUGGGAACCUGCUGCACUGUUUUCACCACCACCUUCCACCCUAGAGAAGUGCUUUUGUUUUUCCCAGCUGGCAGGCAAGUCCUACCCAUGAGGGUGUGUUUGAUUACUCCAAGCUUUUGAACACACCCAUGAGUGAUAUUUGCUGGUCGGGCCAAGGAUUCCAGACAGCCCAGUGGUGCAAACACAUCAACCAGGUCAGGGACUGGGACCGCCAUCUUACACAUGGGAGGAGCCCCAGGCAGGCCAGGCCUUGCUCCCACAUACUCUAGAGUGUCCAGGGGACUGUGUCCUCUGCAGCCUCUGUGGUAGAGCAGCUACCUGCCUUGAGAAGAGAGGCACGCCUCUCGUUCCUGCCCCCGACAGGGCCUUGCCAGAGCCCCAGGCUGGCAGAGGCUAAAGAGUGACUUGUAUAGACACAAAAAUACAGAUGGGUAAAAGAGUAACGUAUCCCAAACUCUCCUUUGAAGUUCCCGAAUCUUCUUGCAGCAACUCUGUGAAUGUCAAGUUUCCAGAAUCUACGUUCUCACUGUAGUCUGUCCUCAUUCCGCCUCUUGGCAGAAUCGAUGAGUCUUUUCUUUCUUAUCUCUAAAAUUAUCAGCAAGGACUAUUUCAAGCCAUUCCCAUCCUUUGAGCCAUCGUCAGGAUUCUAGAAUUUAUCCUUAAAUCAACAAUUUUAGCAAAGACCCUUAAGUUUUUUUCUGAUAAUAGCAGCGUCCCUAGAGGUAGAAAUCCACCCCGCUGCAGAGAGAGAGAAAGGGGAGGGGAGAGAAGCAAAGGGAAGGCGAGAGGAGCUGGGGUUUCCCGCCAGGAUAGUAAGCUGACACUGUAAAUAUUUUUACACAAAAAUUUAUUAAAGCAACAAGUAUUUCCUGAAGCUCCACCUUGGGUGAGGCUUCGUGCUGACUUUGUGCUGAUUGCUGUGCGGGCAAGAGUACAUUUCUUACAUAUUUUAUUCAUCAUUUUUGAAAAAAUAAUUCAAAUCCUUCCAUUGAAGUCUCAGGAAAAGAUGGGAUUUUCUUCCUGAAAUUUUCAGGCUUUUCUCUCACCUUUGCCAGAGUGUCGGGGCAGAUAUGCACCUCCCAGGGUAUCCGGCCUCCCCUGCUUAGUGGAGGCUAGAGAAGUAGGAGGCCUGUUGAAGUGGGGGGCUAGGCGGCAGAGGGGGGCUUCCCACUCCUUCUCCAGCCUGGCCCCCUGGCCCCUUCAGUGUGCUGCUCCUGGCUGUGCCCACAGUGACUGUCCUCACUGUCCCGCCUGUGCUGUAUGCUGUUUUGUUACACUGAUAGUGAAUAAAAGGUGUGACUGUGC